AUGUCUUGGGACCGCCGUCUUGCCCCAACUAGGAACAAGCUGAACCCCAGCAGCUCCCAAACAGACACCUGCCUCUCGGUUCUCCCCAGCCUCUUAUUUAUUUACGUUGCCGGAUGGCUGUUUCUAACGAAGCAGCGUCUUGGCAGCUCCCUCGCCUGUCCUUCAGCACCACGCUCAACCAGCGAGAGAGGUCCGCGCCUCGUCCCACUCCUGCGCAGGCAACUGGGGCCUAGGGCUUGGGUCACGUGUUCAAAGAACGUCUCCGCGCCUGCGCGAGCGGCCGGCGGAUGUCCAGAGAUCCUCCCGAAAGCCGCAGGGACCCGGGGCCUGAGCCAGGCAAGGCCCGGCCCAGUCCUCCGAUCACCCCGCCCGCGCGUGGCUCCGCCUAGGUUGGGAUCAGGAAGGGGGCGGGUCCGCCGGCAGGGACUUCUCCAAAGGGCUGUGUCCCUUCGUGAGCUUCCCGGAGGUGCUUUACGGCUGCGUUUGCAAAGCGCAGCGCCAAGUACUGGAGGGCGAGUCAGAAAGACAAUGGCCAGACCAUAUGGAAAAACAGACCUCGGACAUCCACAGCUUGCAGAAACCCGGCCAGGAAGUCACCUCCUCAAAUACAGUAAACCACCCAGGACCAGCCAGAGAGUCAAAUAUGCACCCCCAACCAGUCAUACAGGAUGCCUGGCUUCUAGUCACCUGCCUUCCAGCUUCCCCACGCCAACAGUCUCCAGAGAAGGCACCAGGUUCCAGGUGCCACUGCCACAGAUUGACCUGGUGUGUCCCCGCCGGCUCCUCCGCCACGUCCCUCCUCUGGGCGUGUGACCCUGGCUGCGGCAAGGUCAGAGCAAGAAAGACGGACUGACCUUUGCUCCAGGAUAUUUGUCAGCUUCUCUCAGUGAAUAAACAGCUUUGUCAUCACCAACACAGUCUUUCUGGAAACUCAGCUGGCGCUGCUGAGUGCCCAAAGUGGCCUGUGAAGUAGGUAAGCUGGAUACUGUCGUUAGUCGACGUUCAGAGGUGACAGAGCAGCAGCUUAGCGUGUCUAAGGCCACAAGACCCCCAAAUGGCAGAACCGGGACUGGAGUCUGGAUCAGCGCCAUCCCCUGACGGUUAACCUCUUCAGGACCCAGUGCCAAGUCUCCCCAGCUUGCAAUAGCAGCGACCGCACGGACCACCAUGGGCUCCCAGGCCCCGCUAGCUGCAAGGGCACGCAGACACUGAUGAAUGUUCUCGAAGAUCCUAAAGACAAGGCUGAGCGGAAGCUUGCAUCAGAGGGACAGGUCCUGGCCAAUUGUUCCCCAUCCCUGGUGACAGGUACCAUCUUAUUAAAUCUGUAAAUCGGU